AUGGCGGACGCGCCCCUCCCGACCCCGCACCGCGCCCGCACCGCACUGCUGGCCAACCUGGCUGCGGUGCUGGAGCGGUGCGAUGAGCAGAUGGUGCCCGCGGUGUACCGCUCCCUGGGCGCCGCCUUCUCCGCCACCCCCACCCAGCUGGGCUAUAUCGCCCUGAGCAGGGCGCUGGUGCAGGCCCUCACCUCCCCCAUCGGCGGCAUCGCGGGCCACUGCCUGCACCGCGGCCGCGUGGUGGGCUGCGGCUGCCUGCUGUGGAGCGCGUGCACCGCCGCCUUUGCCGCCUGCAACUCGUUGGCGGCGGGGGUUGCCGUGUGGGGCGUCAACGGGCUGGGGCUGGCCUUGAGCCUCACCGCCGACCUCUUCUCCUCGGCGCAGCGCGGCCGCGCCUUUGGCGUGCUGUACCUCACCGCCGCCCUGGGGGGCAUGCUGGGGGCGCUGUACGCCACCAACAUGAGCUCGCACAGGCCGCUGGGGCUGGAGGGCUGGCGCUUUGCUUUCCUGUCGCUGGCGGCUGUGAGCGGCGCCGCCGGCGUGGCCAACCUGCUCCUUACAGAGGACCCUCUGUAUGAGCGGCGGCGGCGGCGGCAGCGACAGCAGGCCCCCGCUGCCGCCGCCGACGCGCUGGCCGCGGUGGUGGUGGACGGGGAGGCGGCCGCGGCGGGCGGGGAGGCAGGGCCCGACGCGAUCGCUGCUGGGAGGGCGGCAGCGGAAGAGGCUGAGCUGGAGGCGGUCGAACGGAGGAGCCCCAGCAGCGACAGGAGCGGCCAGCGCGGCGGGUGGCUGCGGACGCCACUGCGGUCGGCCCAGGGGCUGCUGGCGGCUGCGCGGCCGGUGGCCCGGGAGGUGGCCUCGGUACUGCGCAUCCCCACCUUCCGAAUCAUCGUACUGCAGGGCAUCAUGGGAUCCAUCCCCUGGUCCGCACUCGUCUUCCUCACCCUCUACUUCCAGCUCCUGGGCAUGAGCGACGCGCAGGCAUCCGCGCUAGUGGCGCUGUUCCUGGCGGGCACCGCGUUUGGCGGGCUGAUCGGCGGCUGCGUGGGCGAUGCCGCCGCCAAGGCCUACCCCCAGCACGGCAGGAUUGCGGUGACGCAGUUCAGCGUCGGCAUCGGCGUCCCCUUUGCCUUCCUGAUUUUCAAGGGCCUGCCCCGCAGCGGCGGCAGCGGCAACGUGGCGCUCUAUGCCGCCGUGCUGCUUGUCUUUGCCCUGCUCAAGGCCUGGCCCGCGCCCGCCUGCAACAACCCCAUGUUUGCAGGCGAGUCCAUGGCAGAGCCGCCUCCCUCCCUUGCCCCCGGCCCCUGUCAUGCAGAGAUCGUGCCGCCGCACCAGCGCAACCUCGUGUACGCGUUUGAUCGCUGCUUCGAGGGCGCCAUCGCUGCAUGUGCCGCCCCGCUGGUGGGCGUACUGGCGGAGCGGAUCUUCGGGUUCAGCGGGACGGGCACAGUGAGCCAGGACCGGCAGCAGGACCUGGUCAAUGCCGCCGCCCUGGGCAACGCGCUGCUGGCCUUCCUGGUGGUGCCCUGGACCCUCACCCUGCUGCUGUACACCGGCCUGCACUGGACAUACCCCGCAGACAAGGCUGCAGCGCUGCGGCAGCAGAGCCAUGCCCUCAGGGAGUGCUCGCACCCUCUGGAGGAGGAAGGUGGUUCCCGCACGGAGCGCUCGCACCCUCUGGAGGGGGAAGGUGGUUCCCGCAGGGAGCGCUCGCACCCUCUGGAGGAGGAAGGUAUGCUGACCGACCGGCUGGGCACCGGCAGCAGCAGCAGCCCGCUCAGCAGCGGCAGCGCGGCCAGCAUCGAGCUGCCGCACCACUGCCAGCGCCAGCAGCUGCAGAGGCUGGGCGCGCUGCAGCCUGCAGCCGAGGAAGCCGGCGGCGGCGGCGAGGAGGGGGAGCGCGUCCCGGGGCGCGGCGCCAGUGCCGGCGGUGGCGGGUGA